CAAAAAAAAAAAAAAAAAAAAACGACGGAAAAAAUAUCCACUCUCCACCUAAAGCGACGCCGUUUUACUUGCUCCUCUUCCUUCAUCCUCUUACUCUUCUCCAAUCUAAACUGAAUCAAGAUUGUCAAAUGAUCCACUGCUUGUGGUGUCCAGUAAAUUGAGUUGCUGGUUACAAAUUGGUAAAGUUAGGACAACAGUGGUGGCACGCAUUUCUAUGCUUUUAAGAAGAUAUAGCAAUGCAGUAAUCUCAUUCUGAGGUUCUAUGCUUUCGUAAUUUCCAAUUGUUUUGGUGGAAUUAGAUGGAUGUUUCCUCAACACAGAGAAAUACUGAAAGUCGAGCUGAUACCUACCCAUUGUUAAUGGAGCGAACUGACGGUCUUAACGGUAGUGAGCACAUUAUUGACAUACAAAGGAAUAAUGAUGCCUCCCCAUCAACGUCUAAUGAUAGAACUGCUAGUGGUUCGGAAGCCUCUUCAAGUGAAGACAGACCUUCAACCAGUGUGAGAAUGCCUGUUUCUCACUCUUCAACUAAUGUAUCAAACUCUUGGAACCAAUCGUCAAUAAGGAGAGGGGAAGCUCGUAGACGUAGGAGUCCUUUGAACUCUGGUUUAUGGAUUUCUGUUGAAUUGGUUCUCACAAUUAGUCAGAUUGUUGCAUCUAUUGUUGUUUUGUCCGUGUCAAGGGAUGAGAAUCCUCGAACACCACUAUUUGAAUGGAUUGUUGGUUAUGCAUCCGGAUGUGUUGCAACCCUUCCUCUUCUUUAUUGGCGUUUCCGUCAUCGUAAUCAGGGAUUGGAGCAGGAUUCAGCUCAGCCUCGUCAAGGUUCUACUCAUAUUAGUGUCCCAGCGGGGCCCUAUUCUGUUUCCGUCAGCAGGAACUCAGAAGCAGAUGAUCGCCGAGCUGCUGCUACAUCACCAAGAGGUGGCCAAAGUGCUGGAGCAGUAAAUGGCAGACUCAAGACUUUAGUUGAGUACUUCAAAAUGGUAUUGGAUUGCUUUUUCGCAGUCUGGUUUGUAGUUGGCAAUGUCUGGAUUUUUGGAGGGCAUUCAUCUGCUAACGAGGCUCCAAAUAUGUAUAGGUUAUGUAUAGUGUUUCUUACCUUUAGCUGCCUUGGAUAUGCUAUGCCCUUCAUUCUGUGUGUGACAAUUUGCUGUUGCUUGCCCUGUAUAAUUUCUCUUCUUGGGUUUAGAGAAGAUCUUGGGCAGAGCAGAGGAGCUACUCCCGAAUCCAUUGAUGCACUGCCAACAUACAAGUUCAAGCUGAAUAAAAAUAGGAAUAUUGAUGAUAGAGAGAGCGACGGUGGAAUUGUGGCUGCAGGAACAGAACAAGAGCGUGCAAUCUCGGGAGAAGAUGCUGCUUGCUGUAUCUGUUUGGCAAAAUAUGCAAACAACGAUGAACUGAGAGAGCUACCAUGUUCUCAUUUUUUCCACAAGGAGUGUGUGGAUAAAUGGCUGAAGAUCAACGCAUCAUGUCCUCUUUGCAAGAGUGAGGUUGGUGAAAGUAUUACGAGUUCAGUGUCUGGUUCAAAUUCUAGCCAGGGACAGGCUGAGGGAAGUGUGGGUAAUGGCUUGGCCACCACCAUAUUCUGAUCUUCAUAAUAGUGGAGCAAUCGCCCAGAUAGAUGAUCGGACUGCCAAUUGGGAGAGUGGAUGAGAGAGAGUUGUAGACAUGUCUGCCAUUGGAUUUGCUUUUGGAAAACCUUAUCACAUUGAAUGCUUUUGACAAAAGGGGGAAGAAAGAGAUAAAAGAUGGCAAUUGUUUUUUAUGUAGUUCUUUCUUUGUGCUUGUACAUUCGAAAUUUGCAACGGAAAAUUGCAUGGUCACAGAUUUUUAAAGUAGAAUUUUUAUAUUUCUGGAGUUAUCUUUUUAAUAAUACAGAAUUUUUAAAAUUUUAUA